GAAAAAAACAUAUUCCGACGCCUGAGGGGCACUUCCGGUUUUGCAAAAUGUAGUGAAAUAUUUAUUUUUCUUUAAAAUAAUUGCGAUCAACAUCACUAAGUGCAUUUAAUAGAUAAAGAAGUCGUUGAAAUGGCUCUUAAACAACCAACUGGUCAGAAACGCCUGACUAACAUUGCUGUUAUUCGUUUAAAGAAAGGUGGUAAAAGAUUUGAAAUCGCAUGUUAUCCAAAUAAGGUUACGUCAUGGAGAAAUAAAGUAGAAACAGAUAUAGAUGAAGUACUACAGAGUCACACAGUUUUCACCAAUGUGUCAAAAGGUGAAGUUGCAAAAACUGCAGAUUUAAAGAAGGUUUUUGAUACCGAUAAUCAUUCAGAAAUUUGUUUAAAGAUUCUUACCAAAGGGGAGUUGCAGGUCUCCGAAAAAGAAAGGCAAGCAAAUGCAGAAUCAAUGUUUCGAGAUAUUGCAACAGUUGUUUCAGAUAAAUGUGUAAAUCCAGAUACAAAUCGUCCCUAUCCUGUUACUAUGAUAGAGAAAGCCAUGAAAGAUCUUCAUUUUUCAGUGAAACCCAAUAAAAACACAAAACAACAGGCAUUAGAAGUUAUUAAACAGUUUAAAGAAAAUGAAACAAUCAAAAUACAAAGGGCUCAAAUGAGAUUAAGAGCUACUAUUCCAGCUAAAGAAGGCAAAAAGCUAAGAGAGAAAAUAAAAAAGAUAGCAACACAAAUUGAAGAAGAUACUUUCGAAGAAGAUUUAGAAAUGGUUGUGUUAAUUGAUCCUGGUGUUUAUAGAGAAAUAGAUGACCUCGUCAAACAUGAUACCAAAGGCAAAGGAAAAAUUGAGAUUCUGAAUUUAAAAGAAAUAGAGGAAGGAGAUGAAAAAUUAGAAUAAUAAAUUUCCAAGUUUUAACCACCAAAUCCAAAUUCUACAGCAAAGAAAAAUCUAAAGUUAACUUGGAUGGUAAUAAAGGGAACAACAAAAAAAAUAAUUACUAUCACUAUAAUUACUAUUAGUCUAGUACUAGACUACACAGGGCUCAAAAUUUGCUAUAUAUAAAUUAGACUGCCAGUUCUCUUAAUUAAUGUCACUUUAAGUCUACUACUUCUAGUAUUUAUUUGAUAGUAAUCUGAAUUUUUUUAAACAAAUUAUUUGUUUUACAUCAAAAAUUAGUUGAUAGCUUAAUUUCGAUUUAGUAUGGUAGGAACUGUGUUAGAAAUGUAGAUUUUGUUAAUUAAGCCUAUCUAUGUGUAAUUAGUGCUCGAUUUUAGGCAUUUUACUUUCAUUUUAAAUCUAAUAAAUAAAUGUUAUAAAAUAAAAUCUGCAAUAAAAUA